UGUACAAUCCUUAUGGGAUUGUUUGAUGUCUAUUUUUGGCGACGGCAUAGAAAUUCUGCUUUAAAAGUUUUUUGUGGUUUUGUCGUACAUCUUCUUCUUCUUAUAAAGUGCCGUUAUAAUUACUGACGCUUUUUCAAUAAUUUUUCAAGUUUAACAUUUUUUUUACCACGUUUUAUUCGAGUUUAUUCUGGGAUCGUUUUAUAAGUGAAAAAAGAUUUGAUUAAUUGAAGAAAUGGAUGAAGUAUUGUGUUCAAAGUGUGGACAAGUUGCCCAAUUUAAAUGUGAACGCUGUCUAGAGCCGUAUUGCAGUUCCCAGUGUCAAGUAAACGAUUGGCAAGAUCACAAAUCAAAGUGCUACAAAUUUCCAAAUCUAGUGCCCAUUAAUAUGCUAAAGUCUGUAUCCAGCAAUCUGCAAUUGGAUAAAGCGGGGAGCAAUCAAAGACGUUCCUAUGGGUCUACCCACAAUCUCAAUGAAAGUCGUCGCUCAAAUACACCUAUUAAUGGUAACAAGGCGAAACCAAAAAAGUUACUAAAUGAUGAUGAUUUCAACAUGGUCCCAAAAGCCACUUCUUCCGCUGCAUCUACUGUGUCGGUGGUGAAACCAAUUAGUGAAAAGCCCUCCACUUGGCGUGUGGCUUUCCCGCCUUCAGAGGGAUUUUUUGACGCCAUGGUUCAAUUUAAAGAAGAAGUUGAAAGUGCGAAGCGUAUUGUGUGGGUUACAGAUGUUAAGUAUGAUAGUUCUCUGCGUAAGCUAUUGGCAGAGAUUAAUCGUUCAAUAAAUCAAAAGUGUCCCUGUAGUCCGGAAGAUAUAUAUGAGGGUGCAUUGGUUGCUGCACCUUUAGACCAAAUGUUAUACCGAGCAGAAAUUUUGGAUAACAGUCCUGAAGUCCAAAAGGCCACAGUACGUUUAAUAGACUACGGCAAUGAAGUACGCGUGCCUUACACUCAACUAUUUGCACCUAUUCCUAUUAUGUGCAACUUGAAUGCUUACGCCUUUCGCAUUUGUUUGCCGAACGAUUAUGGACCUCUGGAAAUUGAAAGUAUUGUUACCAUCAGAAUUGUGGGUGAAAAACAGCCGGAAAAUUACUACAAUGUUGAGUGCAAACUGAAAUCGGUACCUUUGCAUUUGCCAAUCGAAUUGUUAAACAAGGAACCAGUUUUAAAAGUUGUUAAGUGCUUUGCGGAUGGUCGCCAUGCUCUACUACGCUUGUGCAAUGGUGGUGGUGUUGAUGACCAGGAAUUUGAUAAUCUCCUUAAUUCACCGCAAAGUAUAAGUUUUGAAUUUGAAUCUUUGCCGAAAGUGGGUGCAUUUGUAGCAGCUCGUACUCAGAAUAGUUGGAAGCGCGCGCGACUUUUAGGAUUUUAUGAAAAACAGCAUCAAUACCUGGUUUAUACGAUUGAUGAAGGCAUUAUAAGUCUAUCACCACAAAUAAAAAGAGUACCCGACUCUUUUGUUACUCAACCAAUACGCGUUUUUGCUAUAUCGACUAAUUCGCCCGAUUGUAUGCUUUCUGAAACAAUGCUAAUGGCUGCAAAAGGUUUAACUUUACAGUUACUGCCCGCUACCAGUUCGACAAUGAGCACCGAUUCCAAAACUCAAUUGCCCUGUGGGUUGUUCGAUGAGCAGCGCAAAAUAAUGGAUGUGGUAAUAGCAUCAGUUUUCACUGGUUCUCUAAGCGAGCUGGGUCUUAAACUAUGGCACGAACGCAUACCUGAAGGUAGCUCGGUUAUUGUCUCACAUGUCCUCACCUACAAGGAGAUAUAUAUUGCUUCGCAACUAAGCAGCGAAUAUCCCAAAAUACUAACGUCAGAGUACUCGAAAUGUACACCUUUUGCAGCAAAUGAACCUAUUGACAAAAACGACAUCGUCAUAUACUGUCAAAAUGAAGGACAACAGUCAAUGCAAUGUUGUAGAGGGCAGAUCAUUAGUUCUGAGGGCGGUAACGAACUUAAGGUUAUGGAUAUUGAUACCGGCUCUGAACAAAUGAUUUCACGUCGUUAUCUACGUAAGCCCACACUACUUGUAUGUUCUUUGCCAGUGCGUUGUUAUCGCGUAGUGCUAAUGUUCUUAGAAAGCAUACCAACUCCUAUAGCAAAUAACAAAGCUUUAGAAGCUCUCGAAACAUGCAUGCAAAAUGCUGUCGAAUUUGAUGUUACCUACAGUGAUAAUAACAAUACUGUAGACUUGCUCUUUCGUACCAAAGAAAAGCAAUCGCUGUGUAAAAAAUUAUUACCAAUGGUAUUUGAACCAGCUACGAAACAAACACCAAUUGCGCCAGUUUCUACACUAUCCGAACACAUUUCAUAUCCAUUGUCACCACCCAACACUCCACUUGCAUGUCAGCCUCCAGUUACGGUUUCACUACAGACUAACGCUGCAAAAAUGCCAGAAGUGUUGGCUCCUACUGCGGCAGCCAAAGCUAACGAAGUAUACACUAUUGAUAACUUGGAUGUUAUACCAAUUGUAUGUGGCGACAAUGUUCCAUUGUAUGUUCUGGAUCCCACGACCAUACUCAAUUUAGAAAGUCCAUACAUUACGGCAGCGGAUUACAACAAUAAAGAAUUUUUGGCAAAAAUGGAACAACAUCUUAAAAAUGUCGCUGAUUAUUGCAAAAGUGAAAAGGCGCCAAAAAAUGGUUAUGCUCCCAAGAAAAUGGAAAUUUGUUUAUCCGUUUUUGCGGAAGAUGGUGAAUGGUAUCGUGCAAUGUGUAUUGAUCAUAAACCGAAUGAUGUCUAUGUUGUCAUGUUUUUGGAUUACGGGAACAUAUCGAAAGUUAACAAGAAGGACAUUAUGCCCAUGAUAUCAGAUCUAAUGUUUCCUUCAAAUGCUAAUAUGGUGUAUAUAGACGGUAUUACUACUAAAGAACAAGGCGUGGCAUUUAUAAAGAAUAUUCAAAAGAAUCCUAUUAUUCAUGCCAAAGUUAGCAAGCUAGAUGAUGCUGAUGCUUAUAUGGCAAGAAUAUGUUCUUAAUUAUCCAUCUUUAUUUUAAGAAUUGAUUGAUGGUAUCGUAUUGACUUUUUAUUUGUUUGAAUGACCCUGGAGGUCUUUCAUUACUGGUGUAUUUUCAAAUUGACUUGAAAUGAAUUUGUUUUUAUGUUUUUAUACUCAACUUUGUAUUUUUUUGUUUUACAAAACUUGACCUAUACUUAGAAUAAAAUAUGAAUUUAUGUUCUUUUUUUAACAACUUAAA